AUGACUGAUAAAGAAUCAAAUCCGACAAAACCAGUCUUGGAGACAAAUUGGUCCCCCGAUAUUGUUCAAGCAACGCUUCCUUUUUUAUCUCCAGAUGAUAUCAGAAAUUUAUCAUUGACUAAUAAAUAUUUUCAUAAAUUACUAAACUAUGGAUCAUCUGAAACAUUAUGGCAUGAAUUAUUUCAUAAGGUUUACAGCACUUUAAAUACCAAUGAAGAACCUUUCCAAAUUAAUGAACAAAGUGAAUUUAAAACGUGUGCCGAGAAUAUUUUAGUGAAAAGGUUUCCCAAUGCUUCUUGGCAAGAUAGAUAUACAAUGAGAACAAAAAAUACCAGAUUCUAUUCCUGGGGGUGUUUAAGAAAUGGCCGAUUAGGUUAUACUUUAUCAUCAUCUGCUGAGAUUCCAGAAUCUAGUAUUAAUACAAUUGGGAUUCAAGGUAAGGCGGGAAUCAAUUCACCAAUUUCGGUACCAUGGAUUGAAUUAAAUGAUGACACUAUUGAUGAUUUUGCAGUGGUACAAAUCUCAGGCGGUGGAUUUUCAUUCCAAAUACUAACAAAAUCGGGGGAAAUAUAUUCUACAGGUACGACUUUUACUGGAGGGCAUAAAGGUCCAGGAGCCGCUGAGGGAGAAAGUGAUUACAAUCCAUAUAGAGAAUUAAUUGAAGAAAUAGAAGAUUCACUGCCAAGGGUCCGCCUUGGUGGAAGGUCACAUAUUAAUACAACUGGAACAUUGAGUGGAAGAACAAUGCUACCGCACAAUAGAGUUAUUAACCCAAUUGCUUCAAUACCUCCUGGUGUUCCACCAAAUAAUUCAGAUUUCAAUCUUGGCCAUCCACAUACUGAUAUUUAUGCAGGUUUUGCAGAAAUGGAACGUGCUUCAAGCCAAACAUUACCAGAAAAUCAAAGUAUAAGAAGGAUGUUCCCAAGAAAUAGCUUGAAGUUUUAUAAUAAGACCUCAAAUGACGAUGGUGAUACAGAGAAACAUACAGUUGAGGAUAUUAAAUUCUCUUCAAUUUGUUCGGGAAGAAGCCAUUUUUUAGCACUUGAUGAUAAUAAUGACAUUUAUUCUUGGGAUUCUACUGAUUCGGACCAUGGAGUGUUAUUGCGUUUUAAAGAUCUGGAUACAACUAACACUCAACCUAUACUAAAAAUAGGAUGUGGGUGGAACUUUAAUUGUGCCUACGUAUAUCAUGUUGGUCUAAUAGUAUGGAACAGCCGUUCAGUGUUAAAAAAGGGAGAUAAAUUUUCAUAUGCCAAUUAUAAGAUAAUUCCAGGAACUUCUGGUUCAGAAACAGACUCCAAGGUUGUAGAUUUUGCUUGUAUUCAUGAUGAAAAAGUACUAUUUAUUACUAACAAUGGUAAUAAAUUAAACAUAUAUGAAAAGGGAGUAGUUAAUACAUUGUCCUUAGACAUAACCGGAAAGAUCCUAAAAAUAACAGUCAGCUAUAGUUCGUUAGUUAUAUUUACUGAUAAUGAUUGUUAUUUCUUCAAGCUACAUGAUGGGAAUAUAGAUGUCGAUUCAAGAAUUAUUCUAAAAUUAGAUGAUCCUGAUGAUCACUUUAUUUCAUUAGCCUCAGGGGAUUACCAUCAUAUAGGUUUAACACAAUCAGGAAACAUUUAUACCUGGGGAUUAGAAAGCCAAUGGUCUGGGUGUCUCGGUCUAGGAUCACCGGAUCAUAUCGUCGAUGAAUUACAUGUAGGUAAUGUUGAAAACCAUAGAGAUAUCAGAGUUUUGAAACCUACUAAGUUGGAACUUGGCGAGGGUUCUGCAGGAAUGGCUGUUGCAGCAGGUGGUUGGCAAACAAGCGCGCUAAUUUUAAAGAAUUAG